AUGAGUCAGGAGUAUAAUGGAGGCAGGGAUUGGCCGGCACAAUCUCCACCAUCCUCUCAAAACCCGCGAAACAAGGCCUUGGUAUUUCCAUUCAGCAGCGAGUCCAAUACGCGCGAGCAGCGGCUGAGACACGACACGAGUCCGGGUUACGAUGCACCACCUCAGGAUGUAGUACCGCCCAACUCGACGAGACCAAGACCAUCGAAUGGUCAGAAUGGCAGUUCUUCAAGGACAAUUCCACGACCAGCACCACCCCCCCAGUGGCCACUUCAAAGCCCCCCCGCAGCAUCACCUCCAGAUGCUGAAUCGUACCGUCCACCGCCUGACCGACCUCGAGUAGCCCCUCAAAGACCGCAGCGCCCGAGUCUAGUCCCAUCGAUGGUAGACCCAUCCCGCCAGCAGCAACCGACUCCCUCAUUCCGUGUCCCAGGAGGACCCGAGAGCCCGCUGGAGCCAGUUGACAGCCCCUCCUCAGAAACCUCAGGGCUCCCAAGGAGAAGCGCAAACCUGGGGCCGCCGCCUACUAGCAGAAGAGGACAGUCGUCUUUUUACUCUGCAGCGCCCUUUGUUUCCCCAAUUCCCGAAGAAGACUCGGCCUACAAGUCCCACAACUCUUUCGCCUCGAGCGCGGUCAUGCCAGAUGCUUGGAGGGUCGAUUCUGCGGGUGCCAGCCCGAGUAUGCAUGGAGCAUUCUACGAAGAGUCAUUGACCGACAAGACUAGGAGUUCUGGAGCAGACGAUUACAGCGACGAGAGUGGCCUUGUGUCUGGCCAAGAUGAGUAUGCCAUGCAGACGCUCUCCAACCCCAACAAGCCUGGUGGAAACAAAUCAGCUUCUGCCAACCCGUUCCUCGGGGGAACAGGCCUUGUGGACGAAUCCACCGACUCUUCUACCAACAACUCCUUCACCAACAGACAAACCCCGGCAACUACCCCUGGCAUGGCGAGCCACAUUGCGGGCGUUGCUCUUAACAGAGGCAACACGAUGAGUCCAGGAGAUUUACGCAAAGCUGCCGGAUCCCCACAACCGACGAGCCGCCUUUCAGCAAUCCGACGCCCGCCAAGGCUGGAUAUAGACGCCGUGCGAGAGGCGGAGUCAAGAGGAAGUCUCACCAGCUUACCAGACCUGAUCCGACGUGCCACCCGAUUAGCCUCGAUGAUCGAUAAGGGCAAACGCCCAUCAAGCCGCCUCGAUGAACUCGACUUCUUCAGCGAAAAGGGAGGCGGCGAUAGAAUGAGGCAUGAACGCUAUCAGUCUGGUCUUUCUGAUAUGCUGGCUGCCUUUCCUCCUCCCGUACAGACUCCUCAGCAUACUGGCCGCGGCCCCAUGGGCUCCUGGCCCAUCAUGCCAGGAGGCAACAACUACGUGACGGGUCGUGAGAAGUUCUCUGUGACUCCCGAGGACCCGGCGCCGGCCAAGCCAAAAGGUCGCCGAUGCUGCGGCCUGCCUCUGUGGGGGUUCAUUUUGAUCAUCCUGCUCAUGCUGUGCAUCAUUGCGGCAGCCGUCGUUGUUCCCCUGGAGUAUUUUGUGUUCAAGAACUUGGGCAACCACAAUAAGCCGGCGGGUGUGAACCUCGACACCUGCGCAAAGACUCUGCCCUGCCUGAAUGGCGGCAGCGGCGUUGUCGUCAACAACACAUGUUCGUGCAUCUGCACCAAUGGCUUCACCGGCGCCAACUGCGGCUCAAGCGGCUCCGCGGGUUGUACCACGACAAACCUGAUUCCCACCGACGGCUCUUCUCAUAUCAACAAUGUCACCCUCGGCCUGGCUAUUCCGCGCAUCAUUGCCGACUCUACCAAGAAUUAUUCCAUCCCUCUUGUGGGAACGAGCAUCCUGGCCAAAUUCAACUCGGCAAACCUCUCUUGCAUUGCGCAAAACGCUCUUGUUACCUUUGACGGCCAGUCGACGAGAACCGGCUUGGCUAACGCUCAAGUUCAUGAUACUACCGACGACUCGGCUAAAAACAAGAAAGAAACCGGCGAGGGCUCUGGACCAUCGCCCGUGCUCACCUCCCGGCAGUUUGAAGUCGUUCAGGGCGAGGCACCCGUAUUGGCUCGAAGAAGCAGCCCCUCAGCAUCGAGCUCGUCCGCCUCUCCCAAGCAAACCAGCCUAUUCACGGUGACACAAGAAGUCCUCGAUUUUGCUCGCACAGCGGUUCUGUACGUCUUACAAGAAGACAGUGUCGACGCCGCCAACACGGCACAGACUCAACUUCAGCAAUUUUUCACCGAAGCCACUCAAUCCAUCACCAAGUUCGGUUCCCAGGUGACGGUGAAGGAGGCAUCCAGCAUCUCUAUCGGAGGAAAUAGGACUGUUGAUCUGGUCGACACCAAGGUCAACAUUGGCCAAGGCCCCGUAGGGGGUAAAACGGCGUCCAAGCGCAACCUGUUCGACUUUUGA